AUGAAAGUGCUUUCAGGUCUCCUGUUCUUGCUCCUGGCUUCCGUGACAGAGGGCUCUCUAUCUUCAGCAAUUGCCGAACUACCCACCUGUGCACUACUAUGUCUUGAAGGAGCACUUCAGAACUCAAUAUGCGCGGCGACAAAUCAAACAUGUAUAUGCCUCAACGAAUCAUUGCAAACCGAUGUAGCGUCUUGCGUUGCAAAAUCUUGCACUAUCAAAGAAUCCCUUGUCACUAAAAACGUUACCGAGACGACCUGUAAUGCUCCAAUUCGAAAUAAAAGCAAGUCGUAUUACGCCCUGUCUGUAAGCUUUGGUACAAUAUCUGGCGCAAUUGUGGCUUUAAGACUUGUCUCCAAAUUCCUCAUCAACUCAGAACUUGGGCUAGAUGAUUACUUCAUUGCUCUUACACUAGGAGCGGGCAUACCGAGUAGCAUCUUAACUGUCCACGGCAUUAUUUCCAACGGACUAGGCAGAGAUAUUUGGACUAUUACACCUAAACAAAUCACAGACUUUGUACAUGUUUUUUACGCCAUGGAGAUACUCUAUUUCGCCCAGGUUGCAUUACUAAAACUCUCACUCCUUUUCUUUUACUUGCGGAUCUUCCCAGGACCGAAGAUCCGACGUCUCCUCUGGGCUACUAUCAUUUUCGACGUCUGCUUUGGGACAAUCUUUGUAUUUCUCGCUAUAUUUCAAUGCCGGCCUAUUAGUUACUAUUGGAAGAGUUGGGACGGGGAACACCAGGGGACCUGUUUGAACGUAAAUAGUCUUGGCUGGACCAAUGCCGCGAUUAGUAUCCUCCUCGAUGCCUGGAUGCUUGGUCUUCCGAUGUCUCAACUAGUUGCCCUCCAGCUACACUGGAAAAAAAAGAUUGGAGUUGGUAUGAUGUUCGUUGUUGGGACAUUCGUCACAGUCGUCAGUAUUCUACGCCUCCAGUCCCUUCUCCAUUUCGCGAAGACGAACAACCCAACGUGGGACAACUUGGCCGUCUCUCGGUGGUCGACAGUCGAAAUCAAUGUCGGUAUUAUCUGCGCCUGUAUGCCCAGUCUUCGUGUUCUCCUCGUUCGACUGUUCCCCAAGCUUCUCGGCACCACUCAGCAUUCGAACAAUAGAUACUAUGUCAAUAAUGGUCAUAGCCACACGGGAGGCAACAUUUCAGCCAACCGACCAGGCAAAUCACUCAAUUCUAGCCAACAUGAUGGGAGCAGUGGGGACGGGAUCACGUAUUCGCAGACCUAUACUGUGCAGUGGGGGGAGCACGAUGAGACGAAAUUGAUGCAGAUGAGUGAUCUUGAUGCUGAGGCUAUGAAAUCUAGUAGUCGUAAUAGGCAUGUCCACAAUGAAUAG